CAAUCAAUAUAUAAGUGUUUGUUUUAGACUGACUUGUGAAAAUACCUCUCUUCAAUUCUUUUAUUUAUUCAUUCAUUUUUCACUAAUUCUCCAUAUUUCAUUUUCUUGUAACAAUGGAAGCUACAAGCUGGGUUAUCUAUGGUGUUCUUUGCACUUUUCUUACUGUUGUUGGAGCUGAAGAUCCUUACAGAUUCUUCGACUGGAAUGUUACGUAUGGCGAUAUUUAUCCACUUGGUGUAAAACAGCAGGGAAUUCUUAUCAAUGGACAAUUUCCAGGACCUGAUAUAUAUUCUGUCACCAACAACAAUCUUAUCAUCAAUGUACAUAAUAGCUUGCCAGAGCCUUUUCUCAUUUCAUGGAAUGGGGUUCAACAAAGGAGAAAUUCAUAUCAAGAUGGAGUAUAUGGAACAACUUGUCCAAUACCACCAGGCAAGAAUUUCACUUACACAUUACAAGUGAAGGAUCAAAUUGGCAGCUUCUUCUAUUUCCCAUCUCUUGCCUUCCACAAGGCAGCUGGUGGCUUCGGGGGCAUCCGGAUUCUUAGUAGGCCAUUGAUUCCGGUUCCAUUUCCUGAACCAGCCGAUGAUUUCACUGUUCUUAUUGGAGAUUGGUUUAAGACUAACCACACGAAAUUGAAGGCAAUUUUAGAUCGUGGGCAUAGGCUCCCUUUUCCAGAUGGUAUUUUGAUCAACGGUCGUGGACCCAAUGCUACAUAUUUCACAUUUGAACAAGGAAAAACUUACAGGCUGAGAAUAUCAAAUGUGGGACUCCAGAAUUCGCUCAAUUUUCGAAUCCAGGGCCACACAAUGAAGCUGGUCGAAGUUGAAGGAACCCACACAGUCCAGACAACCUAUUCAUCAUUGGAUGUCCAUGUUGGUCAAUCUUAUUCAGUCUUAGUCACAGCUGAUCAGCCUCCUCAGAACUAUUACAUUGCAGUUUCAACUCGGUUCACCUCCAAGGUCCUUACCACCACUGCCAUUCUUCACUAUAGUAACUCUAACAAGCAAGUCUCCGGUCCAAUCCCCGGUGGACCGACCACUCAGAUCAACUGGUCACUUAAUCAGGCUCGCUCCAUUAGGACAAACCUUACAGCAAGUGGACCAAGACCAAAUCCUCAAGGAUCAUACCACUAUGGACUAAUAAACAUUAGUAGAACAAUCAAGCUAGAGAGCUCAGCAGGUCAAGUUAAUAGGAAGCAGAGAUACGCAGUUAACAGUGUAUCAUUUGUUCCUGCUGACACUCCUUUAAAGAUUGCUGAUUACUUCAACAUUAGUGGCGUUUUUCGAGUUGGAAGCAUUCCUGAUUAUCCAACACACAAGAAGAUGUAUCUUGACACUUCCGUCAUGGGCGCUGGUUUCAGGGACUUUGUCGAGAUUGUGUUUCAAAACCAUGAGAACAUUGUCCAAACAUGGCACAUCGAUGGAUACAACUUUUGGGUUGUUGGAAUGAAUGGAGGAGUAUGGACAUCAGCUAGUCGUAAUGAAUACAAUCUUAGAGAUGCAGUUUCGCGUUGCACCACACAGGUGUACCCAAAGUCAUGGACUGCUAUAUAUGUGGCGCUUGAUAACGUGGGAAUGUGGAAUGUGAGGAGUGAAUUUUGGGCCAGGCAAUACUUGGGCCAACAGUUUUAUCUGCGGGUUUAUUCUCCAGUGAGGUCUAUUAGAGAUGAGUACAAUAUUCCAAAGAAUGCACUUCUGUGUGGCAGGGCCAAGGCCGAAACGACAUUUCGUCUAUAAAAAAGUUGCUGCUGUUUGUAUAACUUUGUAAUGAUUAUAUGCUCCUAUCUCAGUCUCAUUUUUUUUUUUUU